UAGAGCACUCAGCUUAUGCCGAUAUAUAAGAACUUGAUCCGUUUCGUCAGCAGCUAGUAAGCAUUACAGUUCUGAACCGUUAGCAAAAAGGACAUCAUCCUUCAAACCUUCCGAAGGUUGCAUCUAAAGUGAUUUUAGUUUAAACUUCAAUUUUGUAUUCACCCGCACAACCGCAAAAUGAACGGACUCAUCGUCUUCACUUUCGCCCUGCUGUGUGCCUCCGGAGCAUCCGCUCAGAUCUAUCUUAACCAACCAAUUGCACUGGCACUGCAACAUCAGCCGGUCCACCAACAGCAACCGCCAUUGGCUCAUCCGGCUGUGGUCGAAAACGCCAUGCACGAAGCUCAAUAUCCGGCUGAGCUGCAGAACAAUUUCUACAAAAACCCGCACAUUGCUGAAGCGCUGGCCAAGGAAUCCUGGUUUGGGGAUAAGGAAAUGCCCGUCUACGAACGUGCUGCCGAUAAGAUCCCCCGCGAUCGUAUUGCCAAAAUCAUCAAGAACGCCGGAUUCAUUCGCAGACGUUAAGCCUAGAAACAGAAAGGUGAAAAUGCUUUCCGAUGAUGCUGCAUCUGUUGUUGUUUUCUUUAUUGAACAUUGUGUACAUAGAUAGGAUAAAUCAUUCCUGUAGUAGAUAGUGCAUCGGAUAGAUGCAAUACUAGAAGUACAAAACGUA